AGAGGACGGACGUUACUUGAUUUCAAAUUUGGAACGCGAAUUUUACGCAACUUGAACUGAGAUGAGAUUUUGUUCAUAAUGAUUUGUAAUUUUUUUUUAGUUUAAUAUUAAAUAAUGAUUUUAAAUCUGAAUAGACUUAAUUAGAGUAUUUAAAUAAUUGUUGUAUUAACGUGCUGUGAGUGUGUAUUAUCUAAAAUGGUUGAGAGGAGUGUACUUAUCUUUACAUCGUUAUUCCUUAUCCUUUUCGGAGCUGUUACCAGUAACUUGCAUGUUGAGCUGACAGUUGACCCACCAGUAGUCAUCAGGGAUAUACCAAUCAAGCUUAUCUGCUCAAGAAAUAUAGAAGAUGAAAUGGUGUACACAGUGAAAUGGAUUCGAGGAACCCACGAAUUCUUCCGAUACACACCAGGGGACAAACACCCAUUUAAACAAUUCGUUAUACCAGGAUUGUCAAUCCAAUCGAACGAGUCAAACGGCACUCAUGUUUUGGUGAAGUUUUUCGAACACGAACUGUCCGGUAACUUUAGUUGCGAAGUCACUUCGGAGUCGAGUUUCAACACAAAAAAUGACACCAAGUUUAUCGAAGUUAUUUCCUUACCACCCUACGAUCCAAUACUGAAGACUAACAUGGAUAGUUACAAGCCCGGGGAUGAACUAAUAGCGAAUUGCACUACAGGCCCUGCGAAACCCAUACCGAAUAUAACAAUAUUCGUCAACGACGAACCGCUUCGCCCCUUAAGCACCACGUGGCUUUCUUCGUACGACAGGGCGCGAGCUGUCGUCAAGAUCAAACUGACUCCGGCGCAUUUCUCCGCCGGCCUGCUGAGGCUGUCGUGUCGGGCCACCAUCUAUGACGUCUACGCGAGAAGGCGAAAUAUGGACUUCUUUGCGCCUAAUAACGGCCCUAGGCCGGAGAGAAUAACACAUAACAGCGGCGCAUCUACCUGCUUUAUAAACUGGUUCCUGAUGUUAAUUUUGUUGUUUUUACCAAUGGUUCUUUGUCAAGAUUAUGAAGAUUUAUUAGAAACAGCGCCCAGUGAUGCGUUCCAAUAUUAUGAUGAAAGCGAAAUGAACGCAAUGAUGUCUGCUAUUGGAGGUUAGAAUUAAUAUUAAUAUAUGACGAAUUUAGUGUAUCAAAAUUAAAAGAAAUUAAAUUUCGUUAUGAAAAUUACUUAUCGUUUGUUUGUGAGAUUAAAAUCCUUGUAUAAAAUAUAUCGUCUUCCCGCUUAUUACCUUUGACAAAACAGAGAUAAC